AUGGAAUCUGGGAUUAUUAGCAUUUACCCCUUCAUUCUUCAUUCCAAUGCCAGUGAGAGGAAUGAGAGGCUGUUCUACAAGCUUCUCAUUGACAAUGUUGAGGAACUUCUCCCGAUUGUCUACACUCCAACUGUUGGUGAGGCUUGCCCGAAGUAUGGGAACAUUUUCAAGCGCCCUCAGGGUCUUUGCAUUAGCUUGAAAGAGAAAGGAAAGAUUCUAGAGGUACUGAAAAAUUGGCCUGAGAGGAGCAUUCAAGUUAUUGUCUCAUUGAUGGUGAGCGAAUUUUGGGACUUGGGGAUCUUGGUUGUCAGAACUUCCAUAUUGACAUUUGUUACUAGUGCUAAUUUGAUACAUAUUUCUAUUUUCAAGUAUUAG